AUGACAUCCCUGCAGACGGUGGACUUUAAGGAAAUUGAUGUCCGCACUGCCAUCAAUGCAUUAUACAUGAUCUUUUGCACUGCGUUGUUACCCAUAGUGGUCAUCGGUAUUGCCUUUUUCUACUCGGGAUUGACCCAGAGAAGAUCAUCAUUAACCAUGUUCGCCAUACCCAUUCUUCUACUACCACUCAUAUUCAUCGACUGGUUCAUUUGGGGAUAUUCCCUUUCAUAUUCAGCAUCAGCAAACCAUUUUAUCGGCAACUUAAACUUUGCCGUACUUCGUCAAUUACGAAACUCAAUAACUUUGGUGUUUACCAAUACAAGAGGGGAAAUUCUCGUUUUGAACCAUUUCUUGUUCAACGGGUUCUUUAAAGUUAUAUGUGCCGCCUUGACCAUGCCUGGGUGUAUUGCCGAACGAGGCCGGAUCAUCCCCAUGUUGGUAUUUCUCUUUUUCUGGUCGGCGAUGAUUUACAACCCAGUCACAUACUGGUUCUGGAACUCUAAUGGAUGGCUUUCGAUAGACUUGGAUAAUCUUCCCGUGUUGGACUUUGCCGGGGGGAAUUGUAUUCACAUUGUGGGUGGAUUCACAUGUUUGGCAUAUUCCUACAUCUUGGGACCAAGAAACCCGAAAAUCUUGUACAACUAUAGAAAUAUCAAUACGGGUCAUAUCAUAUUUGGGACAUUUUGUAUUCUUUCUGGAUGGGUGGGAUUCAUCGCUGGGUGCGACUUUAAGUUUUCGUCAAACUCGUUAUACAUUAUGGUCAACACCUUGUUGGCGGCGUUCUCAGGGAGUAUUGUAUGGACAUCCAUUGAUUACUUCUUUUCCUCGAUUCCCCUUGCUGACACAGCUUCCAUAACCGCCAACCCAGAACAACCUGCAUAUCCUGAACCAAUAAUCGGAGGAUCAUCUCCAGAAAGCAUAGAAUUGAAACGUCUUCAUUCGCCACAGUCUUCCCAUCGUAUUCAACCAGUGAUAUCACAAACAGGAAUAUUAAAGAGCCAACGGUAUCACGAGACAAAGUCUAAUUUUGUCGAGAAACGGAAAUUCUCAAUGAUUUCCUUUUCCUCGGGAAUGAUCACGGGAUUGGUAGUGUUCACCCCAGGCGGAGGCUUCGUUUCGUCGCCUAGUGAAUUCUGGAAACCGAUAAUCUUCGGAGUAGUGGGUGCCAUCAUUUGCAACCUUUCCACGCGAUUAAAGUAUUUCUUUGGCAUAGAUGAUGCCUUGGACAUUUUCGCCAUUCAUGGUGUAGCCGGUAUUGUUGGGUCGUUACUCACAGGUCUCUUUGCCAAUACGCAAUACCAAUCACAAGGUGGAUGGGUGAAACGCCAUUGGAUCCAAUUCGCCUAUCAAUUACUAGGAAUAACCGUGACCUCGGCAUAUGUGUUUAUCCUCACCUGCGUGUUUUUGCUUAUCAUUGACCGCAUUCCUGGUUUGCAUUUACGUAUUGAUAAAAACUUCAAUGCCAGGCAGAAACAGCAAAAGACCACCCCAGAACUUCCAAUUCACGAAUUGGAAUCUCAAGUAUCCCCUCACGAUGUCGCUUCCAACAAGGAUUUGUUCUGGGAACAAGUAGAAUUGCAAGGUACCGACACCUACGAGUUUAAUGGCGAGUACAUGAUGGAUUUUAUAGAAUUUAUUAAGGUGAUACGACCUCAGGAUUACGAAGAUAACGAUCAGAGCUUUGACAAUAUCGAUCAGCCCAAUUAUGAAAAUCUCACGGGUUUAGGUGCAGAUUAUGAAAUGCAUCCUGAAGGCGUGCAUCAUCUUACUAAACGGGAAUAA